UGGCGGCUUGACGGCGGAGUCUUGGUUUUGACAGAAGUUGUUUAAACUAGGAAAUAUAAUAAUUCUUUUGUAGUGCGACAUUCGUUUCGAUUAAGGUCAAGACUGUGCUGAAGUGAAAAUGAUAUUUUCUUGAUUAUCCCGUUUACGUGAUUCUGUCGGAGCACAUAUCGCCUCGUAAUGAUCUAAACUGUUUUUUUCUCUGGUUACCUAGCUUGAAAGCCGCACAAAAAACAAACGCUUCUCUUUCGUAAACUGCAUGACUCAUUUUUGUGCCGACACCACAUCCAUAAACACAGCCAACUCUGAAGAUACCUUGAAUUAUUAUCAAAGUAGUCCUGAACCAGUCCUAAACCAGUACUUAUUGGUUUCACAAAAAUGUGGAACAUGAUGUGUGAUGUCAUGCCCACUAUUACGGAAGAUGCCAGCCAACUAUCACAAAGGUCCUCCCAAUUGCUAUCUGGUGAAGAAGGGAACCUUGAACAACUAAUGGUCUCCAUGCUGGAUGAAAGAGAUAGACUUGUAGAUUCUUUACGGGAUGCACAAGAUCGUAUGGGAGAGCUGGAAGCUCGAUUGGCCGAUGCGGAAAAAGAACGGGAUUGCCUCCAACGCCAGAUGGCCGCUUCUUUACCUCAGGAAUUAGCAUCGUUGACCAAAGAAUUGGCUCAAUCUAGAGAACAGCUUCUGGAGAAGGAUGAGGAAAUCACCGAACUGAAAGCAGAGCGCAACAACACUAGGCUCUUAUUGGAACACCUGGAAUGUUUAGUGUCCCGUCAUGAACGAUCUUUACGCAUGACAGUUGUCAAACGACAAGCAGCAAAUAGUGCAGGUGUUUCCUCUGAAGUCGAAGUUCUGAAAGCACUCAAGUCGUUAUUUGAGCAUCAUAAAGCCUUAGACGAAAAGGUUCGCGAACGGUUGCGAGUGGCAUUAGAGCGGACAGCCAGUCUGGAAGAGGAGCUAUCAUCUACCAAAGAAGAGUUGCAGCAUUUAAAAAAUGGGUCAAUGUCAGUGACACAUACCAGCACGGAUGGAAGCGGUGGUUCAGUUGGCGAAGGAAACACUAAUGAAGUGGCAGGUGCAACCAAUGGAACUUCAGAAGUUUCAGCUGAAGCCAGCAAAAUGACGGAAUUGCAAACAACGUUGGAGAAGCAAAGCAGUGAGCUAACAGUGCUACAGCGACGGCUAUUGGAGGCAGAAGAAGCUCUUCGUGCCGCUCAAAGGGAUGCCCAAAGAAGUCAAGAACUACAGGCUCGACUUCAGCGUGACUUGCACGAGAAGAGCGCUCAAAAUCAAGAUCAGGAGGAGCGUAUUGCCACUUUAGAGAAGCGGUACCUGAAUGCUCAGCGCGAGUCAACAUCACUUCAUGACUUGAACGAAAGGUUGGAGCAAGAACUGCGUAAUAAAGAUGCGCAACUUAAGCUGCAAGAGGACAGAGUUCGGACCAUGGAAGAAAAACUGGAGCUGGCUGACCAGAAAGUGACUCAAUUGUCAAAGUUACCCGAAGUCCAGCACGAAUUAACUCAAGUCCAAGAGCGUCACGGUACGGCUGAGGAUCGAAUUCAGAGACUGGAAAGUCAACUAGAAGAGAAGUCAACCGAAGUGGCCAAGUUGCAGCAACGGUUGAGAAUCAAUGAGGAACACAAUUCACGUCUCUCAACGACCGUUGAUAAGCUGCUGCAAGAAUCCAACGAUCGGUUGCAAGUUCAUCUCAAAGAACGUAUGUCAGCGCUGGAAGAGAAAAAUCAUCUAACGCAAGAUCUAGAUAAGUCAAGAAAGUGUUUGGAAGAUUCUCUGAAAGAGAAGGCCGAAAUUUUGAAAGAACUAAACAAAUCACGCUUAGAGAUGGAUGGCGUGCGUCGCCAACUUCUUCAGCAAGAAAUUGCGCUCAAUAUUCAGCAAACGGACGAGUUGACACGAUCACUCUCUCCCCACCCUAUGGAGACGUCUUUCGUAGAUACGCGCUCUUUACCUCGUUUACCAAAAGCCCGUAAAGGUGUACGUGGAAUGGAUGAAGCUGAUCAAUGGGGACUCAACAGUGCCCCCUCUCCAUCCAUGGGCUUAGAUUCCGGGAGAAAUUGCGACAUGGGUGAUGGACGUGUCAGCAGCAGAGCAAUGGGAGAAGAAGACGAUGAAGAAGAACUUGAGGACCAGGAUGAAAGAGACAGUCCACAAGAAGGAGGUAUGAUGGACCCUGGCCAUGAAUAUCAUCAUCAAGGCUACCUAAAUGACCUCGGUGAUCUUGCCGACCUGGGAGCAAUGCUCUCCCCUUCCAGCCACACGGAUGCCCAAACUCUGGCUCUGAUGUUACAGGAGCAAUUGGACGCCAUCAACCAAGAAAUUAGAUUGAUACAAGAGGAAAAGGAAAACACGGAAGCCCGAGCGGAAGAACUUGAGUAUCGAGUAAGUAGCUUGGACCAUUUGGUGGCCAAUCACGUCCCUGUGACGAGCAGUGGUCGUUCGACUCCCCGAGUAAGCGGUGGAAGUGGAGGAGCUGGUGGAACAUCUUCCAAUCAUAGCCCAGUUGUUCCAGCGAAUUCAUCCACUGGAUACAAUAACAAUCCGAAUACCAGCAGUUCCUCUUCGCCAUCGGUGGCCCAGUUAAACACUGGGAGCAAUAACGCAGCUUCACCCCAGCGUGACUACCUUCAAAAAUUUCACACGAUCCCUCGAAGCAGAGACGUCAACCUAUACGAAACAUUGGCUGAAUGGUCAUCAGGACAAGCGAUGGGAUGGGCCUAUACUUCUGCGUCGCCCGAGAGUUCUCUGCCUAAUACGCAAGUGUCGACGCCCUCUUUCCAGUACCCAUCGCUCAGUCAGGGUCAACUCAAUGAAUCUCAAAUGGAUUCGCGUUCACUUCGUCUAGACCGUAUUCAACAAGCUCUGGCGAUGACAUCCGAUGAGAUGCGAAGCAAACGAGCUAAAGAUUACUCGGAUCAUCUCAGGAGCUCGUUGGGCGAAAGCAUCCCUUCGAUCAAUUCUAGCCAAGAUUCGCUGGCUCCAGUCGGUCUGUACCAGAGGCCAACGGGUAUGCCGAACGCUGCAGAAUCUCCAUCUGCGUCGUCGAUUCAACUUCAACAGCAACAACAGCCGCAGAAUCAGCGGUCGGAGCAGCAUAAGAAAAAAGGAAUCAAGUCUUCGUUGGGUAAAUUCUUCAGCAGCAAGAAGGAGAAAAGUGGCAAAAGCAGCAAAGAUAGCCUUUCAUCAACCAGUGGAGCCAUGUCUCCUUUGGCGAGUCGAAGUGAUGAGAUCAAUGCGAGAGAUACGAUCGCUUCCCUUAGCAUGGGCUUGAAUGUCGAUCCUGAAUGGGGAGUUCCUUUGUCAGCAACACCAACUCCUACUGGUACACCGGCCCUGGGUCAGAAAGACUUUGAUCGCCGAAUCAAGCGCAAGCACGAAUUGCUGGCCGAAGCUAUGAAGGCCGGUACUCCGUUUGCCCUGUGGAACGGUCCCACAGUAGUGGCAUGGCUGGAACUGUGGGUUGGCAUGCCACCCUGGUACGUAGCAGCGUGCAGAGCCAACGUCAAAUCUGGAGCCAUAAUGUCGGCCUUAUCCGACACGGAAAUCCAACGUGAAAUCGGCAUAAGCAAUCCACUGCAUCGUUUGAAGCUCAGGUUGGCCAUCCAAGAGAUGGUGACUCUCACCUCACCGUCGGCUCCUCGUACGGCCCGAACGACGUUGGCCUUUGGUGAUAUGAAUCACACCUGGGUCGGACAUUAUUGGCUCCCGUCCCUGGGUCUCACUCAAUACCGGUCGGCCUUCAUGGAGUCGCUAGUAGAUGCUCGUAUGUUGGAUCAUUUAACAAAACGCGAGCUCCGCGGACAGCUCAAGAUGGUCGAUGCCUUCCAUCGAACAAGCCUUCAAUACGGCACGCUGUUGCUGAAGCGCCUAAAUUACGAUCGGCGCUUAUUAGAAGAACGACGACGACAGGCAGACAAUGACAAUGAGAGUCGUGACGUUCUCGUUUGGACGAACGAACGAGUUAUUCGCUGGGUAGCUGCUAUUGGUCUCAAGGAAUUCGCCAAUCAUUUACUCGAAUCUGGAGUACAUGGUGCCCUGUUGGCGUUGGAUGAAAGUUUCGACAGCAAUGCAAUGGGCUUGGCUUUACAAAUUCCAACGCAAAAUAUCCAGGCGAGACAAGUGGUAGAGCGUGAGUUUGGCGUUUUGCUGGCCUGCAUUACAGAGCGCACCCAGGACGGAUCCGAGUUCAUUAACCAGCAGCACACGUCCACACAUUUGGCUUGAAAGUAGUACGUGUUCUACCCGUCUUAUCUCUAUUUAAGCAAAACAAAAAGUAAUUUUCUUCUCCUUAACUAUCGGUCUUAUUUCACAGCGGACCUGUCUAUAUAAUUGUAAUCUAUGUCCGCUCUUUCAUUUCACAGCAAGUCAUGCCUCGUUUAUCUCUCUUAAGACCUUCAAAAUUCCCAAAUCACAGUGCUGAAAAGCCAGAUCAGAAAAUUAGGGCCAAAAUUAAAAGUCAAGUAUCCUCUUAAAGAAAAAAAAAACAAACAUAGCCAGUGCAAAAAAAAAAGGUUAAAAUUAACUACUGAAGAAGAAAACAGAAAUUCAAGUUCCACCAGUUUCCCCUCGAAUCUAAAGUGAGGGGGUCACCUCCUUCUCAAUAGCUCCUCUCUCUCAUCCAAUCCAUACUACGUGUACAUUGGUCGUGUUUUAGUCUCACUACGUUCACCACGUCUCUUCUUCCCUCCAACCUUUUUAUCAUGCCCCGUGUUAACUAUUGAUAUUCUCUCUAAAUGUGUCAAAUGAUCGUCGUAGAGGUCCUUAUUUCUAUUCAAAAAAAACCUAAAAAAAAAAAAUAGCUAAGUCUAAAGCAGAUUCUCCCGUGGUAACUAAACGAAAAAAAAAAAAAAAAAAAAAAAAAAAAAAAAAACACAAAAAAAAAAAAACGCUAACGUAAUGCAUGUUUUGUGCGCGAUUCAAUUCCCGUAAUUUUUUUUUUUCAUUUUCAAAAGCAUAAAAAGGAAUGAAGUCUAGGGACUGAAGACGGGCCUUGUCGGUAAGGGUUGGAAUCCGCUUUGGCGGAGGGGAUCAAGAUGUGCAGCUAAGUAGAACGUGUUCCGGAUCCAUUGCGUCCCUUCCUUUCUAUUCUUAGCAUACACAUCCUCCCUUUGUCGCAAAAUAGAAUGAAAGAAUGUCUAAAUGUCGCCACACAAUUUUGAUUUUCAAUGUCUUUUUUCUCUUUUUAAUGUAAGAGUUAUUUUUAGUUUUUUAAAAUGAAUGCCAAUACUGAUUCACGAUAGUUGGCGAUCGGUGCCAUUAUUUGCAAAGAUUAGCGACAAAAUCUCGCAUCUCCCCAGUCCCUCUACAUUUACCCUCUUUUUAUUAUUUCCUUUUUCCUUUUCAUUAUUCGAAUUGAGCAGCAGCUAAAAAAUUCAGUACGCGUGUAUAUAAUUGCCCCCCCAUCCCGUUUUAUUUUUGGUUUGAAACGUGUCCCUUUUGUUUUUUCUUAUAACAGAAAUAACAAUUCACUUGAUCAAAUGUUACCAAAAAGCGACUUUGUUCUUAGUAGGGUUUUUGACUGCCUACCAACGGCCCAGACAAAAAAAACAAAAUUGUAUCCUCCAACCCGAAAAAAAAAAAAAAAAAACUAGCAGCCGUGUGUAACAAUAUUACAGUGCAUGAUUUCUUUUAAAAAAAUUAAAUGUGCAUCACUUGUCAGUCGCCAGCCAGAAAAGAAAGUAACGUCUACGCCUAACUCUCCUUUGUGCGUCUAGAUUUUGGGAGACAGCAUGUUGUGUAUACAUCCCUUUAAUUUCGCCCCCUUCCUACCCCAUGCGCGUUUUUAUUUCCCCUUUUGGACAGUCAUUGAUGUAUUUCUUUGCUACUGUUACUUGGCCGUUUCCCAAAUUGCGUCUUGUUUCUUUUAAUUAUUUUCCAGUUAUCCGGUCCAUAGAUUCUCCGCCCCCGCUUCACCUCGCCAAAAGACACUCACAUUUAAUGAAAGAAAAAAAGAAUUACCAAUCUGAAAAAAACAAAAAGUCAAGUGACUAUGAUUAAUUUCUAUGUUCAACACACACACACACAAACACUUUACUGUCUCCACUUCGUGUUCUUGCAUCGUCAGUCUAAAACAUCACCUUUCACACUUCUUAUUGGAUUGCUGUGCGUGUCAGAUUGGUAGUUUGUUCGCAAUCUGCACGUGUUUUUCCUUCUCAUUGCUAUUUCAUAUCUCGAGAACACGCAAAGAACAACCGACGUACGGGAAGAGAUGGAGUUUCGGUUUAUUGUAACGUUUUUGAUCACGAGAAAUUUCUUUUAUGAGUACUGUCUCCCUCCAAUACCCUCCCACCCCCCUCCCUCGCGAUGUACGGUCCGAUAAAAAGGAAGCGGAACAAAAAAAUAUCAGUGUACGAUAUGUGAAAACAAACACCCAAAAGUU